AUGAUUUCAAUUGACUUUGGAGCGGCUGUCGCCCCCCAAAAUGCCAACAGUUGUGAUCUGGAGCGGUCCAAAGGAGGACGGGCACAUGCACUGUUAGGGCCUUGGGUUGGGCCUCCUGCGCUGGCGCGCGGGCAACCUCGUCGGCCUCGCUUCUGCUCAAUAGGGAGAAGACUGAAGCUGCGAAGCAACAUCGCAUAG